AAGAACUAUGGAGUGGAUUUUAUAGACCAAAACCCUUAGUUAAAAUUGCUCAAAACCUUUUCAGUUACUGCCUAGCAACAAAGGAGGAAGGAAGGAAGGAAGAGAUAAAUCCCAUUCCUGAAUGCAACUGAACCACAACAUUCUAGCACUUGCUGCUUAACAUUAUCGCUAGAAAUAUGGAUACUGAGAAGAGAAUACAGCACUGCAUUGUCCGACAAGGGAAAUACCAGAUGUAAAAGCUUCAAUGCAUCAAUUGUCAGGAACAGACAACCCUCCUCGGAACACAAGCAAGAACUACUGUUCUUUCAUUUGAAAGAUGAACAAAAGACCCCAAGAAAUGGACACUUAUAAGCAAGGAAGGUAACACAGCAACGAGCAGACAGAUGGACAGAUUGGAUACCGUGAAAAGCAAUCGCAGGAAGCAGACGUUUGGGAGAUGUGCGCAUGUUCGAUAGCAUCUUUUUUUGCUGAAGUGAUGGCGUGCAAAAACUAUUUUCAGUGGGCAUAAUCCUCUCAACGUAAAUGGCCUAACCAAGGAAGCUGGGUGACCCUUCUGCUGAGAAUUACUCAAUGUGAAUAUAACAGAAGAUGAAUACCAAAGAAUAGCAGUGGAUUCAAAAGGAAAGGAAAAAGCAUUUUGUUCAACCAUUAUCUCACAUCCCAUUGUUGGAUAUGUACAACAUGCUUCAGUGGAGAAGACGACACUGCUGUUUUGCAAAAAUGACGUGGAAUGCCAAAAGGUCUCUGUUUCGCACCCAUCUUAUUGGUCUGCUUUCUCUCGUGUUUCUUUUUGCUAUGUUUCUGUUCUUUAAUCAUCAUGACUGGCUGCCAGGCAGGGCUGGAUUCAAAGAAAAUCCUGUGGCUUACACUAUUCGAGGAUUUAGGUCUACAAAAAGCGAGACAAACCACAGCUCUCUGAGGAAUAUUUGGAAGGAUACAGUCCCUCAGACUCUUAGGCCUCACACAGUCACUAAUUCCAACAACACUGACCUGUCACCACAAGGAGUAACUGGUUUAGAGAAUACACUCAGUGCCAAUGGAAGUAUUUAUAAUGAGAAAGGUACUGGACAUCCAACUUCAUAUCAUUUUAAAUAUAUAAUAAAUGAGCCCGAAAAAUGCCAGGAGAAGAGUCCUUUUCUAAUACUACUCAUAGCUGCAGAACCAGGCCAAGUGGAAGCUAGACAAGCUAUUCGGCAAACGUGGGGUAAUGAAAGCCUGGCACCGGGUAUCCAAAUUAUUCGCAUUUUUUUGCUGGGCUUAAGCAUUAAACUAAAUGGAUACCUUCAACGUGCCAUACUGGAGGAAAGCAGACAAUACCAUGACGUUAUUCAACAAGAAUAUUUAGACACUUAUUAUAACUUAACUAUUAAAACUCUUAUGGGGAUGAACUGGGUUGCCACCUACUGUCCAAAUGUUCCUUAUGUUAUGAAAACUGACAGUGAUAUGUUUGUCAAUACUGAGUAUUUAAUACAUAAGCUUCUGAAGCCAGAACUGCCUCCAAGGCACAAAUAUUUUACAGGUUACCUAAUGAGAGGGUAUGCACCUAAUAGGAACAAGGAUAGCAAGUGGUAUAUGCCACCUGAUCUGUAUCCAAGUGAGCGUUACCCUGUAUUCUGCUCAGGAACUGGUUAUGUCUUUUCUGGAGAUUUGGCAGAAAAGAUAUUUAAAGUCUCUUUAAGUAUCAAACGCUUGCACUUAGAGGAUGUAUAUGUGGGGAUCUGUCUUGCCAAGUUGCGAAUUGACCCUAUGCCCCCACCCAAUGAGUUUGUCUUCAAUCACUGGCGAGUUUCUUAUUCCAGCUGUAAAUAUAGCCACCUAAUUACCUCCCAUCAGUUCCAGCCUAGUGAACUGAUCAAAUACUGGAACCACUUACAACAAAAUAAGCACAAUGCUUGUGCCAAUGCAGCAAAAGAAAAAGCUGGCAGGUACCGCCAUCGUAAACUGCAUUAAAAAGGACAAUACUCCCUCUAUAAAAGUAUCCCAUGUGCAAUUUGUAAAUAUUGCUGAAAGCAUGUACAGUGAAAACGGAUGAGCUUAAUGGGAAAGUCUUUAGUUAAGCCCUCAUCACAUAAUGGAGUUUGAAAAUUAUUUUUUUAAUUUUAGAAGAGUAUAAUUCUUGAAGAUAGUAAUAUUAUGAAACUAUAACCAAAAGGUUUUCCAAACAAAUUCGAGGAAAAAGAGAUGGUAUACAAGGAUUUUUCUGUGUUAAUGUGCAAUAAUAAGCAUGCACACUUUGGUGGUACACUUGCUAUUUUAUGUGCCAAUAAAAUAUAAUUGAGCAUA